GUCGCCCUGACCCCCUUCCGCGCUUUGCGGCCGCGGCCCGGCCUUCUCUCCGCGCUCUCCAAGAUGGCGGUGUCCGGGACCCUGUACACGUACCCCGAGAACUGGCGAGCCUUCAAGGCCCUGAUUGCCGCUCAGUACUCGGGCGCUCGGCUCCGCGUGCUCUCCACCCCGCCGCACUUCAGCUUCGGCCACACCAACCGCAGCCCCCAGUUCCUCAAGAAGUUCCCUCUGGGAAAGGUCCCGGCCUUCGAAGGCGACGAUGGAUUCUGCGUCUUCGAGAGCAACGCUAUCGCCUACUAUGUGAGCACGGAGGAGCUGCGGGGCAGCACCCCUGAGGCCGCGGCCGCUGUCCUGCAGUGGGUGAACUUCGCCGACAGCGACGUCGUCCCCCCGGCCAGCACCUGGGUGUUCCCCACGCUGGGCAUCCUGCACUACAACAAACAGGCCACGGAGGUGGCGAAGGAGGAGGUCCGGAAGGUUCUGGGGGUCCUGGACGGGCACCUGAGAACCAGAACGUUCCUGGUGGGGGAGAGGGUGAGCCUGGCCGACAUCAGCCUGGUCUGCGCCCUGCUCUGGCUCUACAAACAGGUGCUGGACCCGGCGUUCCGGGGCCCCUUUGGGAACGUCACGCGCUGGUUCCUCACCUGCCUGAACCAGCCCCAGUUCAAGGCCGUGCUGGGCGAGGUGCAGCUGUGCCAGAGGAUGGCCCAGUUCGACGCCAAGAAGUUUGCGGAGAGCCAGGCCCGCAAGGACAAGGACAAGGAGGCCCCCAAGAAGGGGGAGAAGGGGGAGAAGGAGCCCCCCAAGAAGGAGAAGCCCCCCCGGAAGGAGGAGAAGCGGCCGCAGCCCGAGGAGGAGCUGGACGAGUGCGAGCAGGUCCUGGCAGCCGAGCCCAAGGCCAAGGACCCCUUUGCACACCUGCCCAAGAGUCCGUUUGUCCUGGACGAGUUCAAGCGCAAGUACUCCAACGAGGACACGCUGAGCGUGGCCCUGCCCCAUUUCUGGGAGCACUUUGACCGCGAGGGUUGGUCCCUGUGGUACUGCCAGUACCGGUACCCCGAGGAGCUGAGCCAGACCUUCAUGAGCUGCAACCUCAUCACAGGGAUGUUCCAGCGCCUGGACAAGCUGAGGAAGAACGCCUUCGCCUCCGUGGUGCUCUUUGGGAAGGACCACGACAGCAGCAUCUCGGGGGUCUGGGUCAUGAGGGGGCAGGAGCUGGCCUUCACGCUGUGCCCGGACUGGCAGGUGGAUUACGAGUCGUACACCUGGCGCAAGCUGGACCCCGACAGCGCCGAGUGCCGGACGCUGGUGACCGAAUAUUUCAUGUGGGAGGGCGAGUUCAGGCACGUGGGGAAGCCCUUCAACCAGGGCAAGAUCUUCAAAUGAAAUGGGGCAAAUUCCUCGGGUUUUGGGCAAAAAAUCCGGGGUUCCAGAGCCCUUCAACCAGGGCAAAAUCUGCAAAUAAAAUCCCGUGAUUUUGGGCAAAAAUCCCGGCUUUUGCGGUCAAAAAUUCGAUUUUUUUUUUGUGAGAAAUUGAAGAGUUUCAGCAGGUCAAAAUAUUUAAAUAAAAUUUGGGCUGAAAUCCUGGGAUUUUGGAUGAAAAUCCCGGGUUUCAGGGCCUUUCAAGCAGGGCAAGGUCUUUAAAUAAAUUGGGUCAAAAUCCUGGGAUUUUGGGCAAAAGUCCUUGCGUUUCAGAGCCCUUCAACCAGGGCAAGAUAUUCAAAUGAAAUCCCAGAAUUCUGGGCUGAAACCCCAGGAUUUUGGGCUGAAAUCUCAGGAUUUCGGGGCCCUCUGGGAGUUUUGUUUCUCCAUCCAAUAAAAAGUUUGGGACAGGA